CUAACAGCAGCGGAUGAGCUCUCUCUACUCAUCCAGACUAGACCCCUCCCCUCCCCUCCCCGGCAGGAAUUGCAACGCCUCUGCGUGACGUGGGUUGUGUCGUUGGUGUUGAAAAGCCGUUGCAGUUCUUCAUAGUGCCAUUGAAGUGAGUCAUCUCUAGGAAGUGGGCUAAAAGGGAAAAGAAACAAGUUCGAGGUGUUCCGCGAACAGCAGCCAGCUCCGCGUUCAGCAGUAGGCCAGGCGACGGAAAAAACGCAGAAACUGAAAACAGGCACGCGGGGCUUUAAAGCCAACCUUAGCGCGCGUGAGUCACUUCAGGCUCUCUGGCCCCCGCCGGAUCUGUUUGCUGUUGGUGCGCUUCUGACUUUAAGCUAAAGUUUGCGCACCUGAGAGGACCUUUGACAGAAAAAUUCACCUCCGACUCAGGCUAAUAAGAUCCGAUUUUACCCGCAGGAAUAAAGCAAAAAAAAAAAACAAACAAAGUAACCUUUAACUUUGAUCAUCAGUAGGAUGUUCUAGAUCGGGUCUCAGAAACACAGUUGCACUUUUCCCCUCGGCAGCUCGCUCCUCGUUUUUUGUUUUGUUUUUUCCCUGUUGGUGCCUUCGUUCCGCGAGGAUUUUGGUGACAGAGGCCCCAGCGCUCCAAACAGUUCUCUAAAAUCUUCCUCUUCCCUGGAUCAUGUACCAGGACUACUCCGGGAACUACGACACCUCGUCCCGCGGCAGCAGCACCUCUCCGGCCCAGCCAGAGUCCUUCACGAGCGGCAGCAGCACGAUCGGGAGUCCGAUCUCUACCUCAAGCUACCAGAAGUACAGGGCUGACAUGCCAGGUUCCAAUAGUGCCUUCAUCCCCACAAUCAAUGCAAUCACAACAAGCCAGGACCUGCAGUGGAUGGUGCAGCCCACGGUCAUCACCUCCAUGUCCAACCCUUACUCUCGUUCCCACCCGUAUGGCCAUCAUCUGACCAACGGACCAGGGCUGCUGGGUCACAACACGCUGGCUCGACCCGGAGUCAUACGCUCCAUCGGCGACGCCAGAGGCCGACGCAAGCGAGACGAGCAGCUCACCCCAGAGGAGGAGGAGAAGAGGAGGGUAAGGCGCGAGAGGAACAAACUGGCCGCAGCUAAGUGCCGCAAUCGCAGGCGAGAGCUCACCGAGAUGCUGCAAGGGGAGACUGAGAAGCUGGAGGAGGAGAAGGCCGACCUGCAGAAGGAGAUCGAGAACCUGCAGAAGGAGAAAGACAAGCUGGAGUUCAUGCUCGUCGCUCACAACCCUGUGUGCAAGCUGCCCCUCUCCGAGCGCCACCAGCCCUCGGCGCAGCAGCAGCAGUGCAACCUGCUCCCGCUGUCCAUGCGCCCCGGCGUGGGCUCCAGGGCUCAGAUGAGCCAAGUGGUGGUGAAGCAGGAGCCGGACGACGCAGACGAAGGUUUGAACAAACCGCAGCGCUCCGUCAUCAAGCCCAUCUGCAUCAGUGGCGGCGGCUUGUACUGUCCAGACGGAGACAGCCUGAACACGCCUGUGGUGGUGGCCUCCACCCCAGCCACGACACCUAAUGCCCCCAACCUCAUAUUUACCUACCCCAACAUGUUGGAGCCGGAGAGCCCCUCACCCUCCUCCGAGUCCUGCUCCAAGGCCCACCGGCGGAGCAGCAGCAGCGGCGGGGAUCAGUCCUCCGACUCCCUCAACUCCCCCACCCUCCUGGCCCUCUGAGUGGAGGAGGCAGCCGACGCCAGGAAGUAACACUGUGGUCAAACCCCAGGGUCAACUGCCCCUUUACCCCCCUCCUGUGUUUUUGAAGCACAUUCAAAAGUCUGGACCAAGUCGACUGCGUGAGCCGUCUCCCCUCCGGGUUUGAAGGAGGGGGGGGGCAAUAAGUACCACGCCACAACCCCCCCACCCAAGGUGUGCAACAACCCUAAAGCAUCAUCCUGUCACCAUUUCAACUCCAGGGGUCAUCAUGUUUACAGACGAUUCUGAAGAAACCUGCCUGAACGUACGCGGCAAUCAUGACUGACGGGACCACAGAACAACUCUUUCCUAGAUUUUUAUUGACUUUAUCCUAAAAGCCAUGUUGUUGACACUUGCACUCUGCCAAAACGAAUAAAUGAAUAAAUCACUAAGCGAGGCCGGCAUUUUUGCUGGAGUUUUAUGGAGAAACAAAGACGUCGUCUUGGCUGUUUUUUCAUUGAGAUUUGUCUUUUCCUGUCGAUAUUGAGACUAUAGGCUCUGAGAGUGUGUAGACUUUUCUGCUGUUUUCUCCAUGACUUUCAGUGUAUUUAUGGCCUGUGCUAAUGGAGUUUCAAAACUGUUUUGUUGUUCUCUUCUUCAAUCCGCCUGUAGAAAAGCAGUUUGAGCCGAGCCCUCCUCAGUGUUGGGGAAAGAAACCCUUCAGCACUUCCUGUUCCGCCUUAGUGGCUUGACUUUCCAGUAGUAUUGUGUGCUUUUCCUCAGCGAUUCUGUAUCUGAACUUUACGACCUGUUUUUUGACAAAGUGUACGUGAUUUACAUUGAUGUCAGGGACGGUGUUUGGUGUGUCUUGAAGAGCGCGGCAGAGUUUCUGGCUGUUCCAGAGGCGGUGCGGCGAGCAGCAGCAGCCGCCGCCGCCACCUCGGACAGUUCUGUACGUUUGAACAAAACCUUCCUUCUGCGCAAAACAUCUUUGUUUUCCAAACAUCUCACUCUGGUUCAGCGCUCCAUCUUGGGGGCCAGGCAGGUCUCAAGAAGCCAAAAAUAAGAUUCUUGUAAAUCCUGUGAUUUGUGUGUCUGUGUCUAAAAGGAGGAUUUUGCUCAAAUCAGGAGAAGCCUCUGUGGUCCAGACUGUCGCCACUCGCCAAUGAUGUCAACCCUCUUCUGCAGUGUUUGUAUUUCAGUCUGUUUUUUUUUAGAAAAGAGUGGGAAAAUCUCCUUUAGAUGUUCUGAUUUGGGGGUCCAGCCAUCGACACAAAGCUCAGCUGGAUCAGAACCCAACACAAGAGAGGAUGAAGACCAUAAACUGCAUCAAGGAGUGGAAGCCAACAACCUUUUCAAAGAGGUUUAAACGCCACGCACUACGAAGGGCAGACCGGUGAAAUUUGAAUCUUGUCCUUUUGUUUACUUGAGACAUUUCAAUGAAUCUACCGUCAGGUUUGCUUGAACCCUUUCUGUGAUCAGCGGGGAAGAAAGUUGCGCUGGAUGCAGAAACUGCAUUUCUUUUGCAAUUCAACACAAGCUGCUACUUGUUUGGGAGAAACACAGACACACACAUGCUGGGUGUUUCUAUUGGGGUGUAAUGUGACUAGCUGUUAUCGGGGCCCCCCAGCCUGCAGGACGGCCCCAACGCAGCACUCUGUCUGCAUGCUGGAAUUCUAUGGAGCCCUUCAACACACAUAGGAAAGCCAUGGACUGUAGAUCUUCUGCUCUACAUGUCACCUGUUGUCUGUUCUACUGUUAAUUUUUUUUUUUCAAAUGCUUUAACUGUUUCAAAUAAUUCAAAAUGAGUAAAAACAGCAAUAUGUAAAGCAGUGUUUGUUAAUUUAAAAGAUAAAUGAUAAUAAAAUAAUUUUCAACUUGGAA